GUGCGAGCUGAGCUCUUUCCCUGAAUGAAUCCAAGUAACCCCAGUGGCUGCCUUCUGAAAUGACCAGCAGACACAUAUCUGCACAGAGGCUGCCCAAAGUAUAAACUCUGGUUCGAAAGUACCAUGUCUAGCCAAGGAAGUCCUGGUGUGGAGUUUUCUACGACAACAGUCAGUUCAGUAGCUGUGCAGGCUGGGGACUCCAAAAUUGUUAUUGCUGUCAUUAAGUGUGGCAAAUGGGUGCAACUUCAACUGGCUGAAUCACAGCCCAAUCUUCUAGAAAUUGGCAGCAAUCAAGAUGAGACCAAAAAACUUCUUCAUGAUCAUGAACUUCUUUUGGCCAAGCUCAAGGCUUUGGAAGACCAGGUAUGGGAACUCCUGCAGGAAGCAGACAAGACAGCUGCAGAGAACAAGGAUCAGAGCCAAGUCUAUGACGCCAUGGCCCACACCUUGGGUGAGGCAUGGGCAGCCCUGGUCUCCAUGCUUGAAAGAAGAAGGGGGCUCCUCAGACUGACGUCUGAAUUUUUUGAAAAUGCCUUGGAGUUUGCUGUUAAAAUAGACCAAGCUGAAGACUUCCUCCAGAGCCCCCAGGAGUUCGAGAGUGCCGAGUCCUUAAAGUCCAUUCUUCAACUCCAUGAACAUCACACCAGAGAACUCUUAGAACAAUCUCUAGCCCUUUUAAACAAAAGUCAACAACUCACUGACUUCAUAGAAAAAUUCAAGUGUGAUGGGCCUAAUGUGAAUCCCAAGCUGAUUCAGGAAGCUCAUAGCAGCUGUCUGAAGAUUGACAACCUUCUUGAACUUCUCCAAGACAGGAGACGGCAACUAGACAAGUACCUGAAGCAGCGGCAGCAGGAACUGGCUCAGGUUCUGCAGAUAUGCCAGUGGGACCAGCAAGAGAAUCAGGUUUCUUGUUGGUUUCAGAAAACCAUGAGAGAUUUACAGGAACAAAGUCUAGGUUUAUCACUCUCAGACAAUGAGGAGCUAAUCUGUGAACAUGAGGAACUGAUAAUAAAAGCAAAGGAAUGGAAUUCUGCUGUUGAGAAGCUGAAGAGCGAGGCAGGUGAGAUUCUACUAUCCAGGGACUACGUGGAGAAAGGACGUCUACAGCUCUCGAAACAGAAGCUGACUCAGCUUCAAGAAGAAUUUGGUCGGCUUACGGUGGAAAGGAAAACCUGCUUGAAACAGGCAAAUGACUUUUUUAACAGCACUAACAAGGCAUUUGAUGUACUUGGAAGAGUUGAAGCUUACCUUAAGCUCCUUACAUCAGAGGGUUUAAGUCUGCCUGUCUUGGCAGCCAGGCAUGAGGAAUUACACAGAGAAAUUAAAGACUGCACAGCUGAUGCUUUGCAAAAGGGACAAGCCUUAAUCAGCCAAGUAGACUCCUGCAGCUCUCAGGUGACUGGUGUCCAUGACAUGAUGGGAUGCAUUCAGAGGCGAGUGGAUCAGCUGACCGAACAGUGUUCAGCGCACGAGGAACUUGCUCUUAAGAAACAACAACUAACAGCCUCAGUAGAAGGCUACCUAAGGAAGGUGGAAAUAUCAGUUGAGAAAAUAAGUCCAACACUUUGCAGUGCAGUGGAUGUUGGUUCCAGCCUUUCGGAAUCAGAGAAGAUUUUGAGUGAAUAUUUGAAACUGGAUAUCCAAGCUAAGGAGACAUCACAGGAAUUAGAAGCAGCGGCAAAACUUAUGACAGAGAAAAAUGAAUUUGAACCUGAUGAAGUGGCAUCGCUUUCUUCCAAAGUGAAAUGGCUAGAGGUAGAAUUAAAAAUACUUGGCCAAAGCAUCGGCUACAGGUCACGAGUCUUGCAAACUUACGUGGCAUUUCUCCAGUCGUCAGAGGAGGUAGAGGAACGAUGUCAGAGCCUAAAGGACUUUUACCAAACUGAAAUUCUCUGGAAGGAAGAGGACAAUGCUGAAGCUACGCAUUGGUCUGACAAAGCUGAGAAGGAGUGGCACCUAUUUUUAAAGAGGAACUUUUUAACUCAGGAUCUGGGGCUUCAGUUCAUUAAUUUAAUAAAUAUGGCAAAAGAAAAUGAAAUAUUAAACGUGAAAAAUGAAGUGCACAUUACAGAGAACACUCUGGAAAGCCAGAAGGCCGACAAAGAAGAACUCAGCCACCUUCGUUUGGCAUCGCAACUUAAAGCCAGCGCAAGCAAGCCUGUGAAGCAACAGUGGGGAGCAUUCAAAGAGCAACUUAGGAAGACUACUUACCACUUAAAACUUCUUCAGGAAGCACUUAUGCCUGUGUCUGAACUUGACCUUGGAGGGAGCUUCCAGACCAUUUUAGGUCUACAGAAAAAAUGGAAUGAAAUGAAGCCUCAGUUCCAGCAACUGAAUGAUGAGGUUCAGUACCUUAUAAAAGAAUCAGAAGAGUUAAGUGGCAAAGGAGUCCCUGUGAAAGAGAAGUCCCAACAGUUGAAGGACCUUGUUCACCUCCAUCAAAAACAGAAAGACAGGAUCCAAGAUUACGAGGGUAUCCUGUACAAGGUUGUCCAAUUCCACCAAGUCAGGGAGGAGCUGGGACAUCUCAUCAAAUCAAGGCAAUUAGAGUUUCUAGAACAGCCAAAGGAACUGGAUGAUGCUCAUGGAGCCCAGGUUCACCUAGAUCGCUUUCAGGAAAAGCAGGCACAUAUAGACCAUCUCCACAAACUGGCCCUUUCCCUGGGCGUAGAGGUCAUCUCAUGUGUGCAGCGGCCGAACUGCUUUAAUGUUUCUGCAAAGAAUCUCCAGCAGCAGCUGGACAUCCUUGAGAGGGACAGUGUGAACUGGCGUGCCAAAGCCAAGGAGUGUGAACAGACCCUGAUCCGCAGCUUGGAGUACUGCACCACCAGGGACAAUGUAGCUGAGCUCAAAGAGUCAUUCAAAGAUAUCAAAAAGAAAUUCAACAAUUUGAAAUUUAAUUACACUAAGAAAAAUGAAAAAGCUCGCAAUCUGAAGGCUCUUAAAUAUCAAAUUCAACAAGUUGAAACAUAUGCUGAAAAAUUACAGGCUUUGAAAAGGAAAAUAGACAGAAUUGAAACUAAACCUUCUGAUUCUUUCUUAAAUUAUCCAAAUAAGAAAGUUAAUGUCCUUUUGGAAGCCAUGAAGGAUCUGCAGAAACGUGUGGAUGAGUUUGACAAAGUUGUGACAGAUUACAGGAAGAAUUUGAACCUGACUGAACAUCUACAGGAGAUAAUAGAAGAGUGUCACUUUUGGUAUGAAGAUGUAAGUACCACAGUUGUAAGAGUUGGAAAAUAUUCCAUGGAGUGCAAGACAAAGGAAGCUGUGGAAAUCCUCCACCAGCAGUUCAAUAAAUUUAUCACACCCUCAGUGCCUCAGCAAGAAGAAAGAAUUCAGGAGAUCAGCGACAUUGCUCAGCGCUUAUAUGGUGUUGAGGAAGGGCAGAAAUAUGCUGAGAAAAUAGUGGCAAAACACAAAGAGGUUCUUGAAUCUAUUACUGAAUUAUGUGUCUCUCUCACAGAGCUUGAAGAAAAACUGAAGCAGGGAGAUGUUUUAAAGAUGAAUGUGAAUUUGGAAGACUUCCAUGAUGACUGUAUUGACCUACUGAAAGAACCAGUGAGAAAUAAGCAGACAAUAUUCCAUGAAGAAAAAAAUAAGGAGCAGGCACAGGUCGCAGAUCUCUUGGCCAUCAAUGGAACAGGAGAGGGUCAGCUUCCACAGGACCUGUCCUCUGGCAAGCAGGGUGGUAUCCGAGGUCUGCGCCUGCCCUCAGACAUGCCUUCAGGGGAAGAGUAUGAGUGUGUCUCACCUGAUGAUGUCUCUUUGCCUCCACUUCCUGGAAGCCCUGAGUCCCCCCUCGCACUGUCUGACAUGGAGGUGGACCAGCGUGCCAGCCCCACUCUCAGACUUCACACAAGCAGCUGCCCGAUGCAGACAGGGGCCAGCCAUCCAAGGGAGGCCCAGGAGCCUGGCCUUCCACCACCGGCUGCCUUUGCUGAUGCUUGCGAUUAUAAGACAGAAACAUUUUCAAGUCAUUUUGAGAGGCCUUACCCCCAAUUCAAAGCUGAGCUCCCAUUAACCUCCCAAGGAUCUCUGGAAGAGAGUACAGCUUUCUGCAAAAUCAAUGCUAAACAUCCAGAGAGCAUGCCGAGUGAAGUGCAUGAGAGAGCUUUACAGCAGCACCCUCAGGCUCAGGAAAGUUUGCUAGAAACAUGGGAGACAAUGCAUGCUGAUAAUAACGUCACUAAAACUCCAGAUAGGAUGCAUGUUUCUCAGGAUGCAUUCUCAGGCUUCGGGUUUCAAUCAGGUCCUGGUGGGGCCUAUCAGAGGCAAAUGGCUCCCCGAGAAGAAAUUAAAAGCACAUCAGCAAAGAACAGCAUGGUCAGCCUAGCUGGCCAGGCCCCCAGUUUCUCCAGGCUCCUGUCCAAUGUGACUGUCAUGGAAGGUUCUCCAGUGACUCUGGAAGUUGAAGUAACCGGAUUCCCAGAGCCUACACUGACCUGGUUCAAGAAAGGCCAGAAAUUGUCUGCAGAUGGCCACUUACAGGUUUUACACAAGGAGGCAAGACAUUUGGUGUUCAUUCCGAAGGCAUGUGAGGCAGAUGCAGGCCUCUAUGUGGCUCAGGCCCAAAACUCUAGUGGCAUUCUCUCUUCCAAUGUCAUCCUCCACGUGACAGGUAACCAGAGGCCACCAAUCACAAGAAUAAACUGGAUAACGCUGUGUGUCAUCUAUGUUAGUGUGUCCCUAAUGUACUGGCUACUCACACAGUAACUGUGGGGUUGGCAUCCACGGACAUCAUUCUGACAAGCCUGAAGGACAGCACUACAGCUGUGUAUUUUCAUGCAUCUCCCACAAAACAUCCCGCACCAAGUGUACCUUUGUUCUGGGCAUAUUGCUUAUUUGGCUUAUACCACUGCUUGGUGAAAUAAUGAAGUGUUUUUUUUAAUGUUUUAAUGUAUUUGAGGAGUUUGGUAAAUUAUUAGCAAUGGAUAAGGAUACAUUUUUAUAUCUAGAAAGAGAUGUGUUAAUAUAAAAUACAGUAAAAUUAUGCUUUGCUUAUUCCCUCCUAAUUUAAGAGCAUGCAGAUCAAAGGCUCACAUCAUCAUAGAGAUGUGAGUUAAAUUUUAAAUCCAAUUUGUUGAUCUUUUAUUUUUAAUUUACUCAUAGACGUCUCUUUGUAGCAUAACAGUAAGAAUUUUGAAGCAAUUGCUUUCAUUUAUUGCAUAAGCUGUGCUUUCAUUUUGUGUUUCAUGUCUUGAGCUCAUUUAUUGAAAUAUAUUCUAUGUAGUUUCAACAUAGCCUACAUUCCUAAGUCUGAGGAUGCCACUGUCAAUAAUCAUUCCUCAUAUUGGUCUCACGGGUUUGACUUUGAAGAACAGAUGUGCUGGCAAUGUUACAUGGAGUUUCAAGCUUCCAUCAGCUGUGCAUGCUGUAAGAGCAAGAUGGGACACAGGCUGCAGGGAUGGACCAACAUUAUUCCUGUCGUGCCACUGGCGUGCUUUGGGAAGCCAUGUAUAUACAACUACAGUUGGUUGCUCCUGAUUCUCAUCCUGAUUCUGCUGCUGACCUUUUUUGCAGCUUGUAGUAGGGCAUCUCAGGAUCUCAGUUUCCCAUUUGGAAAACGGGUUCUUCAUGUACCUCUUGGGUAGUUGAGCGUUUUCAUUUCAUGUCUUGUAACGACCUGGAAAACAGAAAGCACUCUAUGUAGGCUUAGCUAUAGUGUUUAUUUAAUUAUCACACUGCCUCCUGUCCACUAUUUCUUUUUCAGAUGCUGUUUCUUUAGAAUAUUAAAUUAAAAGAGUAGUGUUAGUAUGUGCUUUCCAGCUAUUCCCAUAUGGGAAAAUGAUGUUUUAUGAAUUGGAGUUUAAAUUUCUUUCUAAUUUCUGAACACUACACCCUUUCCAAAGACUUGAAAUUAAACUCAGGAGGACACAACUAGUAUGGUCUAGGGGAGGAAAGUGUGUAAUAAAAUAACCUAAGAUGAAUUGUCUAUCCUUUUAAUUAUCACUGUAAUUUUGAUGACUGUUCUAUGCCUUUCUGAAAUACAUUAUUAAGAAAAGAUGAUCAUCUUUUCAGUUCCUUUCAAAAGUAAACAUGAAUAAAAAGCAUGUGUUUUUAGAUUUUAAACAUAAUCUUGUCAUGCUAGGGUAAAAUUUUUAGUUGAAAGAAUAAUUCACUAUAGGUUUUUGGUGAAGGGAAGGAAUUAAUUGUGUUGUAGUAAGACUGUCUACAAAUAAUAAAAGGUUUUAAAUGCAAUAUAUUCAAGUUAUUAUUAAAAAGUUACUACAUGUUAUCUAACAGUGUGAAAUGUGGUUCAGUAAGAAGUUGGCAUAUUUUUUCUUGUGCUGCAUAUUCAAUUUUACUAAAUGAUUGAAUUUAAUUUUCUUCCACAUUUUGACAGAAACCUAUUAGAAACUUAUAUACUAGAAGUGUCCUAGGAAAAUUCAUAGUCUCGUAACUCUCUUAUCAUCUUUGUCCAGUUUCAAGUAUUCGGCAUAUCUUGCCUAACUGCUAUUCCCAUGUUGAUACUAAAGGGUAAAACCCAUUUAUGUUCAAGGAGGGCACAAAGACUAAAUAACAAAUUACUGUUCCACUCUGUCUCCUUCUUGUUAAUUUAGCAGGAUCUCCCUUUCUAUUUUGUCAGCUUAGUUAAAUUUGUGGUUUGGAUUGUUAAGGCAUAGAAAUUGCUGGUUUAUUUUACCUGUUGCAUGCUACUUAAUGUUAAUCCUUUGGGGAUCUGGGUGAGAUAUACAUAUAACCAUGGUGUAUGAUCAAAUAAGGAAUAUAAAGCUCCUGAUAUAUGUGAUGUAUAUACAGAUUUUAAGCUCAAAUAGAGCUCAAAUAUUGAGAAAAAGCAUUAUACUGAUAUUUAAGAAAUCAUUCAGAUCUGUGUGUCAUCUAUCCAUCCAUUCAUCCAUCUACCUGUUUACCUACCCACCUAUUCUUCUGGGCUAUCAAUUGACUAUCUAGUAAUUCCCACAACAAUGAAGAAUAAUUAGCUAUCCAUUAUCCUUCUGGUUAUAUUUCAAUUGUAAAGACUUAAGUAAGAUUCUCCUUUUUGCUAAGAAUUCUGUCUUGAUCAAAGAAUUCUCUUUACUAAAAGAUGAACUUCCUAAAAUUAUUAACUAAAAAUGAAAAACCUAGAAAAUUCAAGUGAGGUUUCUAUUUUAAGAUAUAUGUGAUUUAUACCCAUUUACUUCUAGGGAAAAUUCUGGACAGUUAUUAAUAUCAAAAUACUUUUCAACAAGAAAGUGAAAAUGACAGGGAAGAUUAAAAAGAAUAUGUGCUUGACACCUUGAAGCCAUAUAACACAAAAUGUGUUUUGAACUUCUUCGUAUAAGGCAAAAUCAUCUAGUUUUCCAGUUCCGAUUUUCUAAUAAAAGGAUGUAUUAAGAUUUCAUGGUAGUCUUUUUCACACUCAAUUCCAGAAGAUAUUUACUGUAGGAAUCCUUACAUUUGAAUCUCUAUGUAUUCUAUAGCUAAAAUAUUUGGGGAAAAAGACAGGAAUAUGUAGCUGUUUCAUUCAGUAAGGCUAGCAUUAUUUAUAAUCAAACACAUGCUUAAAAUAAGAUUAUUGUAAGAACCUUGUAUUCACUUCACCCAAGUUCAGAUUCCUUCAGAGAGCACACAAGACCCUGUAGUUCCUGGCCUCCCCUUCCCAGCCUCUGUUCCCAUCCUCCUGGUGCCCCCAACACAGCGACAUUUAACUUCAGGUUUCUGCCCUAUCACGCUCUUUAUUUUUUCCACUCCCUUCUUCCUGGAAAUCUCUUAUGACAUUCUACGCUGUUUUCAUGUGGCUUCA